AUGAGAAGAUCACAGCUAGUUGGCAUGUCUGCAGCCCAUUACCUGGACCAGCCCUGUACCACUCCCAUUACCUGGACCAGCCCUGUACCACUCCCAUUACCUGGACCAGCCCUGUACCACUCCCAUUACCUGGACCAGCCCUGUACCACUCCCAUUACCUGGACCAGCCCUGUACCACUCCCAUUACCUGGACCAGCCCUGUACCACUCCCAUUACCUGGACCAGCCCUGUACCACUCCCAUUACCUGGACCAGCCCUGUACCACUCCCAUUACCUGGACCAGCCCUGUACCACUCCCAUUACCUGGACCAGCCCUGUACCACUCCCAUUACCUGGACCAGCCCUGUACCACUCCCAUUACCUGGACCAGCCCUGUACCACUCCCAUUACCUGGACCAGCCCUGUACCACUCCCAUUACCUGGACCAGCCCUGUACCACUCCCAUUACCUGGACCAGCCCUGUACCACUCCCAUUACCUGGACCAGCCCUGUACCACUCCCAUUACCUGGACCAGCCCUGUACCACUCCCAUUACCUGGACCAGCCCUGUACCACUCCCAUUACCUGGACCAGCCCUGUACCACUCCCAUUACCUGGACCAGCCCUGUACCACUCCCAUUACCUGGACCAGCCCUGUACCACUCCCAUUACCUGGACCAGCCCUGUACCACUCCCAUUACCUGGACCAGCCCUGUACCACUCCCAUUACCUGGACCAGCCCUGUACCACUCCCAUUACCUGGACCAGCCCUGUACCACUCCCAUUACCUGGACCAGCCCUGUACCACUCCCAUUACCUGGACCAGCCCUGUACCACUCCCAUUACCUGGACCAGCCCUGUACCACUCCCAUUACCUGGACCAGCCCUGUACCACUCCCAUUACCUGGACCAGCCCUGUACCACUCCCAUUACCUGGACCAGCCCUGUACCACUCCCAUUACCUGGACCAGCCCUGUACCACUCCCAUUACCUGGACCAGCCCUGUACCACUCCCAUUACCUGGACCAGCCCUGUACCACUCCCAUUACCUGGACCAGCCCUGUACCACUCCCAUUACCUGGACCAGCCCUGUACCACUCCCAUUACCUGGACCAGCCCUGUACCACUCCCAUUACCUGGACCAGCCCUGUACCACUCCCAUUACCUGGACCAGCCCUGUACCACUCCCAUUACCUGGACCAGCCCUGUACCACUCCCAUUACCUGGACCAGCCCUGUACCACUCCCAUUACCUGGACCAGCCCUGUACCACUCCCAUUACCUGGACCAGCCCUGUACCACUCCCAUUACCUGGACCAGCCCUGUACCACUCCCAUUACCUGGACCAGCCCUGUACCACUCCCAUUACCUGGACCAGCCCUGUACCACUCCCAUUACAUGUCACCAUUACCAAGUUGGCUUUAAUGUGUUCUACAUCUGAAGAAUAAAUUAAAAAAUUUG